UAUUAUUUUAUGCACAAUAAAAGAGAGCAACUUUAUUACAAUAUCUUCGGCCAUCUCACACGUCUUUAAACAGUGCGUAUCACGGACAAAUUAUUUGAUCAAUAACCACUGCCUAAAUCUCGCACAAUUUUUUCACUUUUGAUUCCGUAAUUGUGUCGAAUUCUCCAGAGCUAUACUACUUUUGAAGAAUCCAACACGCACACAUUGACAUCGAGUCUAGACGACAUCAACCACGACAAUUCUAGCUUCUGAUGAGUGAGUCAACUAUUUUCGGAGAAUCAAACACGCGCACAUUGACAUUUUUUAAUAGUUCGAGUAACAUAGACCACCGCAAUUCUAGCUUCUCAUGAUUGAGUAGAGUUGAAGCAUCUACACGAGCUAAGUAUAUCUCCAAAUCACAUUAAUCUAUAGUGUGAUACAAGUCCUCCACUUGAAGCAAUGCAUAUAUGCCUUGUGUUCUCAAAAGAAAGGUAAAAGAGAUACCAUUGUUGGUUAUAAUAAACUAAAAAAGCAAACAGUUAAACAGAAUAUUUAGUUUGUACUUAUAAACUUGAUCUAGCUCUUCCACUCCCCACUGACUCAGUUUACCUGAGCUUCAGCUUCUCAAAGUGUCAAAAUGCAGAUUUUAACUCAUCUACUAUGUAUUGCACUCUGUCUAUAUCUCUUUCUUGUCAGCACAAAUGGGACACAACUUAUCUUAGUUAACAACUGCAGAAGAAGCAUAUGGCCUGGAAUUCUUGGGAAUACAGGGAAGAUGACUCCUAAAGAUGGUGGCUUCCAUAUGAGAAGUGGUGACGAAGUAGUCUUCGAUGUGCCUGAGAAGUGGUCAGGUAGGAUAUGGGCCAGGCAGAAUUGUCACUUUAAUAAGACUGGUCAAGGCUCAUGUGAUACUGGAGACUGUAAUGGUCAGUUAAAAUGCAGGGGGUUAGGAGGUAAGCCACCAGCUACUGUUGUGGAAAUGACACUAGGCUCAUCAACUUCGCCCCUGCAUUUCUACGAUGUGAGCUUAGUCGAUGGCUUCAACGUGCCAGUUUCAAUGAGACCUGUAGGUGGAGGAACAGGUUGUGGCGUGGCGGAGUGUGAUGUUGACCUGAAUAUAUGUUGCCCAUCUGCACUAGAAGUGAAGGUUGAUGGAAAAGUGGUAGGGUGUAAGAGUGCUUGCUUGGCUAUACAAUCAGCCAAGUACUGCUGCACAGGAAAGUUUGCAGAUCCCAAAACUUGCAAACCUACUAUUUUUGCUCAUCUAUUUAAAGCCAUCUGUCCCAAGGCUUACAGUUAUGCAUUUGAUGAGUCUUCUAGCCUAAACAGGUGUAGGGCUACAAGGUAUGUCAUUAUCUUUUGCCCUCCAAAAUAAAGAGUUCUGGGAAUCUGUAAUACAAGUUUCAUGUACCUUAGGAUUGGAUGGAAACACAUGUCCAUCUAGAGGCAGUUUGUUGUCCUCAACUUAUGUAACUCAAGUCUUAGCAGAAAAUUAAUGGAAGUCAA